UUUCCCAUCCCUAGUACGCCGCGAUGAUAAAACCAAAACCGCGUCUCGCCCUCGCCUCGUCCACCCUCCUUUCCUCCUCGUGCUCGUGCCCUGUCCUCGAUCCGAUCGGGGACGGGUCCGAGGGCAGGGGAAUGUCGUCGUCCUCGUCGGCGGCGCAGAAGCACCACCACCGGCGCCAGGGAGGCGGCGGCGGGAGCGGGCUCGUGCCCCUCUCCGCACUCAUCAAGGAGGAGGGCCGCACGGAGCGCCGCGUCGGCGCCGGCGGCGGGAGCAGGAUCUGCGCGCGCGACGAGGACGGGGGCAGAGUUGGAUGCGCAGGCCCCGGGGAGGCGGCGGAGGGGGCGCGGCCGCUGCGGCCGCUGCUGAGGUACGGGUGCGCCGCGCAGUCCAAGAAGGGCGAGGACUGCUUCCUGCUCAGGACAGACUGCCCGCGCCCCUCCACCUCUGCCUCCUCUUCCGCCUCGCCGCACCACACCUUCGCCGUCUUCGCAGUUCUUGAUGGCCAUAAUGGCAACGCUGCCGCGAUAUACACAAGGGACAAUCUGCUCAACCAUGUCCUCAGCGCAAUGCCACGAGGGCUCUCCAGAGAGGAGUGGUUGCAUGCGUUGCCCCGUGCACUUGUUGCUGGGUUCGUUAAGACUGACAAGGAGUUCCAAAGCAAAGGCCUAACUUCUGGCACAACCGCCACAUUUGUGAUAAUUGAUGGAUGGACUAUCACUGUUGCUUCUGUUGGUGAUUCCCGCUGUAUUUUAGAUGCUCAGGGUGGGGCUGUUUCUUUGCUUACUGUGGAUCACAGACUAGAAGAAAAUGUUGAGGAGAGGGAACGUGUUACAGCUAGUGGAGGUGAAGUUGGAAGACUUAGUGUUGUUGGUGGUGCAGAGAUUGGUCCGCUUCGGUGCUGGCCAGGAGGUCUAUGCCUAUCAAGAUCCAUUGGAGAUAUUGAUGUUGGCGAAUUUAUCGUUCCUGUUCCUUAUGUCAAGCAAGUGAAGUUGUCAAAUGCUGGAGGAAGGCUUAUCAUUGCUUCAGAUGGCAUUUGGGAUGCAUUGUCCUCAGAGUCAGCUGCUAAGUCUUGCAGGGGUUUGCCUGCUGAGCUUGCUGCUAAGCAAGUCGUUAAAGAGGCGCUCAGGACAAGAGGGCUAAAGGAUGAUACAACCUGCAUCAUUGUCGACAUAAUCCCACCUGGUGAAACAAUACGACCUCCAUCUCCUCCUAGAAAGAUGAACAAGUUGAAAUCUUUAAUCUUCAGAAAUAAAGCAAAGGACCCUUCUCACAAAUUGACUAAGCAGCAUUCAGCAGUUGGUAUCGUUGAAGAGAUAUUCGAAGAAGGUUCAGCAAUGCUAUCAGAAAGGUUAGGUCAUGAUUCAAGUGGUGGGAGGACAUCCUCAAGCUUGUUUACAUGCGCCAUCUGCCAGGUAGACCUCGAACCAAGUGAAGGUAUAUCAGUUCAUGCCGGAUCGAUCUUCUCUUCCAGCUCUAAGCCAUGGGAAGGUCCUUUCCUUUGUUCGGAUUGCCGUGAUAAGAAGGACGCCAUGGAAGGAAAACAGCCAAGUGGCGUCAAGGUUCUGUAGUCCAACGGCCAAUUGUAGCUCCCGCAAAAUCUCACCUUUUUCAAUGUGAGCACCCUUGCAUUACAAAUUUUUCCUUAAAUUUUAGGUGAUUCGGAUAAUUUCAGGCUGCCUUUUAUUCUAUUAUGUGAAGAGCUAGCCGACAAUGUAAGUAGUUCUUGGGAAAAGAAAAUGUGAAGCGAGUGAAUAGAGUAUGUCUCCAUUUUUUUCUCGCUUCUUUUCUAGGAAUGGACUAACUGCAGCUUGCUUCUCGCGAGUUGAGUUUGAUAGUAGCUAUUCUUUAUUUGUAACCUAUUGAUGCCUUUGCUAAUAGAUUUUUUUUUUUUUUUU